AUGUCGGAGACCGUGAUGCUUAGGGAUGUUGAUGGUUCGAAAACGGACGGGCGAGAUCAGGCCAAGAAGGCCCCCAAGCGAAAGAGAGAAACAUCAGCGUUAAUCUCUGUGACUUCCGACCAAAAAGAGUCUCAGAUCAAGGCCUUGAACGAGGAAGUCCAGGGUCUUUUUCGGUUCUACCGAGAAAUGUUGGAUGAAAAACCAGUUUUAGAAUCAGUUUCUUCGACUUCGAGGAUAUUGGCGUUGAUGGAGGAGAAGAGUCUGCCAUUUGAGAAGCUGGUGGAAGAGAUACACGGGAAGGUGAAGGAGAAGGAGGAGAUGGAGAACGUGACGAUGGCGAUGGUUAGGAGUGCGGUUCUCUCAUCGGGACGGAGAGUCAUGUACGGAGUUCCCAAUGCGGAUGCAGAUAUUUUGAAUGACGAUACUGAAUCUUGCCUCUGGUGCUGGGAGGAAAAAGAGCAAAAGCGAUUGCUAGAGGAGGCAGAGAAGGAAAGAGCUGAACUCAGGAAACAACGUGCUAUACAAAAGCAGGCUUCGAUAAUGGAACGAUUUCUCAAAAAGAGUACCACUACUUCAUCAAGCCAUGCUGAACAGUCUUGUAGCAAAGCAACCUUAACUGAUCCUUCAAAUAGAAAUAGAGAAAUUGCAACUGAAACAGUUACUCAAUCAAUGGAUUGUGCACUCUUCUCAGAUAACAAAAUUAAUGUUAAUGAUCUUCGCAAGUUGCACUUGUCUUCUUGGCAUCACUUGGGUAAUGUGAUUUGUUCAAAUUCUAGGCAGUGCUGGGGUGUACGUCAGAAACCUAAGACUGAACUGUUUAAGGAGCUUAAGUUGUCUACCAAUAGAGUAAUCACUCAUGAUGACGAGUUUAACAUAGAUGGAUUGGCAGAAAAGAGGUUGAAUGACAGGUCCUGCACUCCUUAUUCAGAUUCUUUAAUUCGUGAUGUUAAGAACUGCAAACGAAGGAAGCAGUUGCUGCAAUUUGAUAAGAGCCAUAGGCCUGCAUUUUAUGGAAUUUGGCCUAAGAAAAGUCAAGUUGUGGGACCACGCAAUCCCCUAAGGAAGGACCCGGAUUUGGAUUAUGAUGUUGAUAGUGAUGAAGAAUGGGAAGAGGAAGAGCCUGGGGAAAGCCUCUCAGAUUGUGAUAAAGAUGAGGAGGAAAGUAUGGAGGAAGGGUUUUUAAAAGCUGAUGAUGAAGAUGAAUGUGCAGAUGGUUUUUUUGUACCUGAUGGUUACCUCUCAGAAAAUGAGUUGAUUUUAUUAGUAUCUCGCCAUUUUUUGGCUCUAACAGUAGUUUUUUGGUUUCAGGUCUCUCUAAUUCAGUCAUGUUCUCAAGGAAUCAAUAAGGUGGUAGAUUCAUUGCAACAGAAGUUCCCUGAUAUUUCAAGGUCUCAAUUAAGAAAUAAAGUGCGUGAGAUAUCAGAUUUUGCAGAUAACCGCUGGCAGGUCAAGAAAGAGAUUUUGAUCAAGCUUGGUUUUUCAACUUCACCAAGUAAAGGUGGAGGGAGGACAAAAAGCAUUGCUGCAUUUUUCUCGAAAAGGUGCAUGCCUCCAUCUGAUGCAAGUAUCAAUCCCAUGGAAGUGCCUCGGCAGUCUCUCAAACCAGGAAUUGUUGCUGUGUCCAUCAAAAGGCUCAACUUAUUGCUUAAGCAGCUCAGGAAAACUUAACUGACUGUUGGAAUUAUAUGCCAG